AAAAACAAAAUUUGCAACAGAAAACCAGAGAGAGAGAGAGAGAGAUUUUAAAGAGAGAAGGUGAGGUUGGAGGACUCUGACACAGCAGCCACCCAGUUCACGACCACCACGCGGGUGGCGCCGCCGUCGCCUCUGCUACCCAAAGGCCUCUCCCCCUUGUUGUGGUCCACACCACCCUAUACCCCUCAAGGCUCAAGUCCUUGUUUCUUUAAUCCUACUUCCAGAAUAUUCUCGCUCCAAAUAAAAACCCUUCCCUAGCUUUCUCUCUCUCUCUCUCUCUCUCUCUCUCUCUCUGUGCCUACUUUCCCUUUCUCGGUGUGGAAUAAAAUCUCGUUAAUCUGAACAUGUUUUCUGAUUUAUAUCAGAUUUUAUUGCUGCGUUCAUGUGAUGACUGACGAUGGAUAUUCAAUUGAAGUCCAACUUGUAUGUUUUGUGUCUCAGAAUUCAUUUUUUUUGCACGAUCUUCGAUAAAUUUUGUGUUCAUAUAAUCACUUAAGAAAACCCAUUUCUACUGAUAAUCACUUUACUUUCCCUCCCUCUCACCUCCUUCACUGACACAUAAAAACACACUCUCUCUUUCUCUCUCUCUCUCUCUCUCUCUAAAAUCUAAAUCUGCACAUCCCUCACUUAGGUUAUGAAAAUCCAAGGAGAUUUCGUUACUGGAUUUUCUUUUGUUAUUCUGUUAUUAAUGAACCCUUGAUUUUGUAUGUGGAUUAGGUCUGUGAGAGAGAGAAGUCAUCAGUCAUCAGAUCAACAAAUCCGCAUGCAAAUAAGUUCAACAAAAUCGCCCUUCAUUUCCCCCCCCCCCCCCCCCCUUCUGUCUCUCUCUCUCUCUAGAUUCUCAGCAUCCGAACAGUCGCAUAGUUGAGUUCAUACGUACCUAAUAUCUCUAUUGCUAGAUUUGAAAACGCUGCCGAAUUUAAUUCGCAUGCACCCGAAGACUAUCCCCACCAAGAUCAAAAGGCCUCAAAGAAAAUCUCCAUAUUUUCAACAUCUACAUACAAUCCAUAUAUAUAGGUGUAUAUAUAGAGAGAGAGGUGUGGGAGAGAAAUGGAUCAAGGGAGAUUAACGGCAGGAGAAGAGGAGGAGAUGGUGAAGCAGCAGCGGCGGGCGCAGGAUCAUUCGCGGCGGGGGAAGCCGCCGGAGAAUAAUCAGCAGAUUCAGCACCACCACCAGCUGCACCCGCAGAAGUGCCCUAGAUGUGACUCGCUUAACACCAAGUUCUGCUACUACAAUAAUUACAGCCUCUCUCAGCCGCGUUACUUUUGCAAGGCUUGUCGCAGGUACUGGACUCAAGGCGGAACCCUAAGGAACGUACCCGUCGGGGGUGGAUGCAGGAAAGGAAAGCGGAGCAAAGCCUCGUCUUCCGGAGGCGGCGGCGAGAGUUCGAGAUCUCAAUCUUCACAAGCACCACUGCCGCUGCCGCCGCACGAGCUCCAAGUGACUCAAAAUCUUGCCGCCAAAGAGCUUGCUAAUUCGGGCCUUCCCCCAAUGAAUUUACCAUAUUAUUCAGGUGGCGGGUUUUUGUCUUCUCUAGCAGCUAUGCAAUCGUUGAGCCACCAACCUCAGAUACCCUUCAAUCCACCACUCAACAUUGGCGGCCAAUUUGGAAGCUCUCCUAAUUUGGCUCUUUUGCAAGGGCUAAAUUUGCCAUCUUUUGUCUCCCAACAACAACAUGCCCAAAAUCAGCAGCAAAAUGAUCAGUUUUACCAAAUGGGUACUCAGAGCUUGAUGCAGCCAAACAGGGCCCUAGGUUCGUGGGAUCCAAACAUCAUCAACCCCAGUUCUACUAACCCUAAUGCUUCCAAUCCUAGUGGGAGUAGUACUUCUCUGAACCAGAAUCAGUGGCCCGAUCUACCUUGAUCAAAAACUUUGUACACCCUUUCAAGCUAUAUAGCCACCAAAGAAAGCGUAAAGUUUUAAUACUAUAGUUCUCAAUUUGUUCUGUAUACAAAACAUCACUUCGUUUCUUGUGUUCUUAUAGAGAAUUUGGGGGUUGGGUUGUGUUUUGAACUUUUUUGGGUUAAAGUUAGUGAGAUACAUGUUUGAGCUUUUUGUUUGGGAUUGCUUUUAUAAUUAAGGCUUUCUUUUUGCUCA